UUUCCGCGAAGUGCCGGUGUCGCCCGGAAGAAAGGGCUCCUGCUGCAGAUGUCUCGUGAUUACCUCGGAAUCCUUGCUUCGGCGGUUGAAACUGCAGAAAUAAAGAAAGAUUAGCGAAAUAUGGCUACGGAGGGCCCUGCCGUGCGUCGAGUCCAGGUGGCAGAACAUCCCAGAUUGCUGAAGCUAAAAGAGAUGUUUAAUUCUAAGUUUGGAUCCGUUCCCAAGUUUUAUGUUCGAGCACCAGGAAGAGUCAAUAUCAUAGGAGAGCAUAUAGAUUACUGUGGAUAUUCUGUUCUUCCUAUGGCUGUAGAACAAGAUAUGUUAAUAGCUGUGGAACCUGUGAAAACACAUGUUCUCCAGCUGGCCAAUACCAAUCCCUUGUACCCGGACUUCAGUACUAGUGCUAAUAACAUCCAGAUUGACAAAACCAAGCCUCUGUGGCACAACUAUUUCUUAUGUGGAUUUAAAGGAAUUCAGGAACACUUUGGUCUUAGUGACUUGAGUGGAAUGAAUUGCUUGGUAGAUGGAAACAUCCCACCGAGUUCUGGCCUCUCCAGCUCCAGUGCUUUGGUCUGUUGCGCUGGCUUGGUGACACUCACAGUGCUGGGCAUGAACCUAUCCAAGGUGGAACUUGCAGAAAUCUGCACCAAGAGUGAGCAUUACAUUGGCACUGAAGGAGGAGGGAUGGACCAGUCCAUAUCAUUUCUUGCAGAAGAAGGAACUGCCAAGUUGAUAGAAUUUAGUCCUCUGAGGGCAACUGAUGUGAAACUCCCAAGUGGAGCAGUGUUUGUGAUUGCCAACAGUUGUGUGGAAAUGAAUAAAGCAGCAACUUCUCAUUUCAAUAUCAGGGUGAUGGAGUGUCGGCUGGCUGCAAAGCUCCUGGCUAAGCACAAAUGCUUGCCAUGGGAGGAAGUAUUGCGGCUAGAGGAGGUGCAGGCCAAGCUGGGGUUCAGUCUGGAAGAAAUGUUGUUGAUCACAGAAGAUGCCCUUCACUCUGAACCCUAUAGCCCUGAGGAGAUCUGCAGGUGCCUGGGAAUUAGCCUGCAGGAACUCAAGACCCAAAUCCUGAGUCCAAACACUCACGACGUGCUCACCUUCAAACUCUACAAGCGGGCAAAGCACGUGUAUAGCGAGGCUGCGAGAGUGCUCCAGUUUAAGAAGAUAUGUGAAGAAGCACCUGACAACACGGUCCAGCUGCUGGGGGAGUUAAUGAACCAGAGCCACGUGAGCUGCCGGGACAUGUACGAGUGUAGCUGCCCUGAGCUGGAUCAGCUGGUGGACAUCUGUCGGAAAUUUGGGGCUCAAGGAUCACGACUUACUGGAGCAGGAUGGGGAGGCUGCACAGUAUCAAUAGUACCUGCUGACAAGCUGUCCAGCUUCCUAGCAAAUGUGCACGAAGCUUAUUACCAGAGGAGCAAUCAAAGCUUAGUGCCUGAGAAGCAGAGUUUGUUUGCUACCAAACCUGGAGGUGGAGCUUUGGUUUUCCUUGAGGACUAAACAAACAAUGUAAAAAUUCUCCAAGAAACUAUUUAGAGCAUUUAGGAACUGGCAGGACUUCUAUGCCACAGCAAAUUAAUCCUCUUUCUGUUUUGUAUUAUGAUGAAUGGUUGCUAUUACCAAGAUGUAUUUUGAAAGAAAUGGUUGAAAGUUCCCUAUGCUUCAUAAUGAUUAUUUUUCCAUCUUAAAAUAUGUUUUCUACCAAUAAGAGCCAAAAUUAUGCUUGGACAGAUCUCUUAAGAUAAUUUACUGGAUGUAUUGAUUUCAAGAUUUUAAAAAACGAAUGGUAAAAGACCAUCAAUACUGACCUUAUGGAUUGUACUUGAAUUAAACAUACAUUCUUAAAU